CCAUUCGAGCCCUUCCAGCCAAGGCAGCCUUUUCGAGUGGACACAAUCGACUCUGAAAACUACUACCGAUACCCAAAUCUGACGUCCGAUUCGCUCGCCUCCCUCGGUCAAGAGCAGCCCAUCUUCUCUUCGCCUCUUCUCAGGCCUUCGCUCGAGUCUGGCCGAGCGAACGAGUCGACCUGCGCCACACAAACGCAGCUGAUCGCCACUCCUCUGGCCGUGGGCGAUCGAGUGUUGGCGCUCAUUGCACCGCCCAUCGUCGACGCUCGAGCCGAGUUGGCCGUCAGUCGGAGUGGAUCGCGAGAGUCUGGCGUCAACUGUUGCCACGUGUCGGUACAGACGUUGGAGCCGAACGAUUGCUCCAGCCCUCCGAGGCUCUAUGAGGCCUGGGCUCAGACGAGUCCUCAUGACGAUGACGAUGACGAUCUCGUCUUCGCUUCAAAACAGACGCCGGUGUCUAAGACACUGUAUCCGUUGGCGAUCGACCAACUGGCGGCUCGAGAGGAACUGGUUUCGCCCGUCGUCAGUCGACGGCGUGAGGAGACGUGGAGACCGGUGUCGGUUGGCGACCAUGAUCCGGAUGCAGAGAGGUCGAGUCGUGUCGUGAUCGACGAUGACGAGGCCGAGCUUGAGGUGGGUGUGACAAAUGCCGAUUGUCAAGCUGAAAUUGGCGGAAAGUCGAGGCCGAUGAAGGACGCCGAGGGUUGUCUGAAAGUGGAGACGCGAAACGCGUCCUCGCAGCCAAAGACGACCGAGAUCCGAGCCAGUGUGGAAGACGCAGAAUCCUUUCUGCAUUGUCGAGUGCGCAGCGUCAGUUGCGGAGACGAGAUGAUGGAGGCGAGACGUCCGGUGAGGGAGGACGAAGUGUGCGUUGAGGUGGCGAGCAGAAAUGCCGGAUCCCAACCGGCUCUUGAGGUGACGACGUCAAGAGCGACCAGAGACGACGAGGCCGGCAUGCAAGUCUUGUCGGUGGGGUUCGGCUCUCAGUUCGACCUCGAUGUGGCCAUGUUGUCGCGGGAUGCUCGUCUCAGCUCGGUCAACCCGUACCAGGCCUGGCUGGAGGAGAGCGAGGGCCCUACCGACCUCGGCAUUCAGGCUGCGGCCGGACCCGUAUCCAAGGCGACAAGGGGCCCGGUGCUACAUGAUGAAGUCGGCCUCGACGUGGGUCAAGUCGCGGUGUUUGCUCAAACCGACGUCGCAGACGCGAGACUCGAAGAGACGCCGAAGCGCGGCGAAACUCGCCACGUCGUCAUGCACACCUUCAGCCAGACGUCGGGUCGAGGCCUGAUCUGUCCGAAUUGCGGAGUCGCGGGUUCCGUGGCGGUGGGACUCGAAGAGGCUUCGAAGCGGCGGCGCUGCAAGCGCAUCCAGAAAGGGCCGUCCGCCCUAACGGCGACGGCAACGACGGAGACGGAGGCGGAGGCGGAGACGCCGGUCGCCCAGCAGCACUCGACCUACGCCUCGUCAGACGCUUCGUCGAUGCGAUUGACGCCGGAGCCGUGGCCUGCAGCGCUGGGUUCGAGGCCCGCGGAGCCGCCGGCUCGGGCCAGGGUGUACCGAAGACGACGACCGGCCAGCCACCACAUCUGCCUCAGCCUCUGUCUGGACGGCGAGGGUCACUUGCACGUCGACUCGAUGACGCGACACUCCGGACCGCCCGGCCAGCCGGACCAGCCGUCUCGACGUCACGAGACUUCAUCGCCCGACGAUUCGGCGGCGCCGACCUCUGAUGGCGACGACGUCGAGUCGCCGGCUCUGCGGGACCGAGCGACCCGGAGCGCCGUGCUCCAGCGUCGUCGGAGUCGGUCGGCCGAGGAAUUGUUCGACCCUGCAGUACCGUCUCGCCGUCGCCGUCGCAGUCGCAGUCUCCACCUCGCCCGCCAUCGUCACGCUGAGCCGUUGAUGGGCUGUCGCCUUGACGCCGAUUCGGUGAACUGUUGCGUCUGCCGGCAUCUGGGCCUGUUGAAACCGGAGGCCGGACUGGAAGAGGCCUUCCAUCGUCUUGUCGCCGAGUGGGGCAUCUCGGGCUUGCAGCAGCAGGUGGAACAGCUUCGUCUGCGCAGACAAUGCGCCCGACCGGCAGACGAACCCGCAGCCAAACCGGUCAACGCCAGCUUGUAG